CUUCCUUCAGGGUGUAACUCCAGAGCUUUCUUUUUUCCGCAGCGAAUGCUUCAUUGACGAGCCGCGGCUAAGCCGGGCUCAUGUGGAGAGCGCUGCUUCUGUUGUCGCUGACUGUAUGCAGCGGCGAUGAGAGGCUUUUGGCUACACGGCUUGCACCCAACUUAGCACUGGGACAACCAGUGGUGCUAUCCUCCACUGCAAGGUACACCUCGGCCGAUGGAACAGAUACAGAUACUGGGGAUGGAUUCCGUGCCACUGACGGGAACUAUGGUACCUUUUUCUUCUCUGGCUUGGGGUGCGCCGAGACCAAGGCUGAACCUGACCCAUGGAUGAGGGUGGACUUAGGCCGCGAGGUCCCUGUAGCUGUGGUCCGUUUAUGGACACGCACUGACUCCGCAGACAUAGGCCUUGGUCCUAUUGACAUCCGAUUGGGGAACACCAAGUUCACAUGGCGGGAGAACUUGGCCUGCGCAGAGGGCGUUACGUUGAGCCAGCAGAUCCAGCCAAACAUGUUCAACUGCCUGGCGAGAGGCCGUUACUUGUUUCUUGUGCUCCGCGUCAGUGGGAGACAAGUCGCGCCAUUUUCAAUUUGUGAGAUGGAGGUCACCCCAAAGGGGCCGACCGGGAACAAGCAUGUGCUGCAGACAGCCGGUGGCAUGUGGAACCUACAACUAUCAGGGGUGGCCCUCGAUGCACAUGACCGCAUACGAAUUGUCCCCGACACGGUACUUUGCGGUUUGACUGGUUCCGCCACAAUGCAUUCGACAGUGCUGGCGCUCACAUCUCCCAAGGGAGCGCGCGCACAUGGCGACUACAACGACGAGACCUGGGAGAAUAUCCAAAUCAAUAGAAUGGGCAUGUACAAGGUUUGUUGGUGUGGUGGAGACGGUGGUUGUACAUUGGACGAGCACUUCUCCAUGCACGUUGCAACUUUGAUAAUCAACGGAAUGAUGCUGACCGUGGCUGGAAAUGGGCAAGUGCCCAAUCGCACAUCUGAUAUGGUUGAUGAUGAGCCCGCAAUCUCUCAAGCCCUCUCUGCACCUUACGGAAUCGCCGUGUCUGACACACGGAUCUUUUUCAGCGAGAGAGAAACACACAUGAUCAGAUACAUGAAUAUUGAGGAAGGCAAGAUCUACACACUGGCAGGGAAAUUCUUUGCGGGCAUGCGAGGUGAUUAUCAGCCGGCCUACAAUGCAGAGCUGUGGUCACCCAGUGGCCUUGCCUUGGACAAAGAUCAGAGAUUCCUAUAUAUUGCAGAUGCUGGCAGCCACCGUGUGCGAAGGAUUGACCUGGCGCAAACCCCUUUGAACGCAGGUAUUAUCGAAACGGUUGCAGGCAAUGGCUUUAAAGGCCGUGCUGAGGAGGGACAACUUGCUACGCAGGCAGAGCUUGACACCCCCACUGGAGUGGCAGUCGACCUGAAUCAAAUGCUGUGGAUAUGUGACAGCGGAAACAACGUGUUGCGUGUGGUGUCCAUGGAGAUCCCAGUCCGCAUUCCAAGCACCAAUGAGUUCCGAAGGAAUAUCAUCCUUACGGCUGCAGGUGGCGCGACUGGCUCAACCACCAAGGGUGAUGGUGGUGUGGCCUGGUUGGCGCGAAUGCAGGCUCCGUCAGGUGUCGCAGUGUCCUCGGCAUUUAUCAGCAACGAGGACGGCACACUGCCAGUGAAUGUCUACAUCUCCGAAGCAGGUGGCCAGCAGGUGAGGACCAUGUCUUUAGAGUACCAGAGCUACCUCGGCGUCAUCAACACGCUUGUUGGGCGUGGACAACGGGGGAACUACACCAAGGAGGCAUCCCCAUUAGAAGCACAAAUGGCAGAGAUGAAUGAACCCUCCGGGGUAGCAACUGACGAAGGACUGGUCUACAUCAGUGACUCCGCCAACCACCGUUUGCUAAUGGUGCCAGCCUUGGAGUAUGUCUCAGUUGGCUGCUGGCGAGAAAACAUUGAGUCCCCUUGGAUUCCCAGCAUUGAAGG